GAGCAUCAAGAAAUAAAAAUGAUAAAUGUGUCUUCCUAUUAUACAUUGAAGCAAACUCCAUCAGUAAUACAAAAGGCCAGAAAAUCAAGAAUUAUGAACAUGGAUUAAACCAGCAAGGAUGCAUGGAGUUUUCUCUUAAAGAUCUUUAUGCAGUCCAAGAAAUCCAAGCUGAAGAGAAUCUGUUCAAGCUUAUUGUCAGCUCUCUUUGUCCUACUAUUUAUGGUCAUGAGGUGGUAAAAGCUGGUUUAGUGUUGGCAUUAUUUGGAGGAUGCCAAAAAUAUAUGGAUGAUAAAAACAGGAUUCCUAUUCGAGGGGACCCACAUCUUCUCAUGGUUGGAGAUCCAGGACUGGGAAAAAGUCAGAUGUUGCAGGCUGUGUGCAAUAUUGCACCUCGGGGAGUAUAUGUCUGUGGCAAUGCCACUACUACAUCUGGCCUGACUGUAACUCUGUCUCGAGACAGUUCCUCUGGAGAUUUUGCACUGGAAGCGGGUGCUCUUGUACUUGGAGAUCAAGGUACUCGUUCCAGGAGAAAACUGUGACCCAAUUCCACAUCAGUUGUUAAAGAAAUAUGUUGGCUAUGCAAGGCAAUACGUUCAUCCCAAGCUAUCUCUAGAAGCUGCUCAGAUACUCCAGAAAUUCUAUCUUGAGCUCAGACAACAAAGUCAAAGAGCAGAUAGUACACCCAUCACAACACGACAGCUAGAAUCAUUGAUCCGCCUAACUGAGGCACGAUCCAGAUUAGAGUUAAGAGAAAAGGCUACCAAAGAAGAUGCUGAGGAUGUUGUUGAAAUAAUGAAAUACAGUAUGUUAGGAACUUACUCUGAUGAGUUUGGGAAAUUGGAUUUUGAGCGUUCUCAGCAUGGUUCUGGAAUGAGCAAAAGGUCCCAAGCAAAGAAAUUUAUUUCUGCCCUCCAUCGUGUUGCAGAAAGAACUUAUAACAACAUUUUUGAGCUUCAUCAACUCCGGCAGGUUGCUAAUGAAUUUAAUAUGAAAAUACCUGACUUUGAAAACUUCAUUGCAUCUUUAAAUGAUCAGGGUUAUUUCUUGAAGAAAGGUCCGAGAUUAUAUCAGCUUCAGACAAUGUGAAGUAGUUCAAUACCUAAAGAGAACCGUUUACUAAGAAGAAAAAGAAAGGAACAUAGAGGAUUGCAACUCAUUCCUGUUUCUUAUUCAGCUGAAUUCUUGCCUGCUAAUACCGGUAUGAGUGUUUGUAGAAUUCAUGCAUUGGUUAAAACAAUCUGAAACAAGAUUAAUGUAAAUGUAGUAAGGGCAGAAGAAACUGACUUCCCUGCUCUUCUUGACAUUCUUGAAAAAGGUUCUGUAAGAAUCUGAUAACUCAGGUGAUAUGUGUUGUGAUGCAAAGGAUAUGGGAAAUAUCUCAAAUACUGGAUGAAGAAAGUGAAGGGGCUUUAUUUAUCUAUGUAUUGACAUAAAACAAUCCAUUUACUAAUUAUAAUACUUUUGAAAGCUAUAUACAGUAAUGUUUCAAACCACUCUUGUUAACAUUUUGCCUGAUUUGAGUCAUUUUGUUAACCCUAUUAUUUAUUGAUUUAUGAAUAUGGUGCAUAUUUUAAAGUCAAAGUACACUUGCAUUUAUUUAGUCUUCUGUGAAUGAGCAAAGUUCAUGUUCUAAAUAUUAUACCAUUAAAAGAAUACAUUGUUGGAUUAUUUAAAACACUUAGUUUGGUAAUCCUUAAUUUGACAAUAAGUUGAGUACAGAUCAGUAUAUAUAACAAUCACCAAUGAACAAAAAUGGAAGGUUUUCUAUGUGGAGAAUCUUAAAUUUAUUAUCUUAGUGGAAUGAAAGAGAAAGCAUGCAUCUCACAUUGGGCAAUGCAAUAGCUGGACACGGUAUGGACUAAUUUCUAGUGCUUUUUUCCCCAUUGAAAAAUAAGUAUGACAUUAUCUGUCACUUGUGUAAUAUAUGUAUGUUUUUGAAAUUACAGUAUCAGUUGAUUUCAUUUAUUUAUUUAUUUUUAUUUAGCAAUUUUCUACAUUGCCAAUCUCAUCAACUCCCGGCAGUUUGCAAACAUGCUAUAAAAAUGACCAAAAGGCACAUUUACAAACAAUUAAAAAACAAGGUUAAA